AUGAACUGUUUUGAAGCAUUUCAAUCUGUAAAAAAGAUUUGCGGUAUCCAAAGUGUUGACGCAGCUCAGGAUGCCAUCGAUGCCGGUGCCGACUUGCUUGGGGUUAUUUGUGUACCCAACAGACAGCGAACAGUAGACGCAGAGGUAGCUAGGGAAAUAUCUCGUAGAGUCAAGAAGGCUCGUGAGCAUAGACAGAGCAACGGUUUACCAGGGCCUUUUUUAGUGGGAGUUUUCCGUAAUCAAAAUAUCGAGGACGUUGAGAGGUUGCAACAUAAAUAUGGGCUAGAUAUUAUUCAGCUACAUGGAAGUGAGGAUUGGAGACAGUACAAGUUGAAGCUCGGUGACACCUGUCUGAUCAAAAGGUUCCUUUUCCCAGAAGAUUGCUCGCAGGUGCUAGCAAUGUGUCAAUUGGAAGAUCCUGGCUGUGUGCCCUUAUUUGAUUCUGAGGCAGGUGGAACAGGUGAAAAAUUAGACUGGAAUUCUAUCUCCGAAUGGAGUCAAAAAUGCGGGGCCGAAUUCAUACUGGCAGGAGGUCUCACCCCAGAAAACGUAAAAUUGGCAUCGCAGUUACCUGGAGUACGAGGCGUCGAUGUUAGCGGAGGAGUUGAGACAGAUGGUGUAAAAGAUUCUGAUAAAAUAAAAACCUUUCUUCGAGAAGCGUUUGCAUCUUAA